AUGAACCAACAAAAAACAAGCCUACAUGAUAUAAAACAAGCAGGUCCAAGCCAACCUCGCAAAAGGGAACCAGAUGUCAAUCAACCAAGUCCAAGCCAACCAGAUACGAAGCAAGCAAGCAGGAGCCAACAGGACAAACAGCAUAGCCGGAAACGAUCAGGAACCUGGAAAAUAGAUGCAAGCCAACCAACUACAAGCCAACCAGGAAUGAGACCAUCAGCCCUGAGAGAACUAGUCCCAAGCCAAUCAGGCACAUGGCAACCAGGGGCAAGCCAACCAGGCAUUAGCCAAUUAGGUACGGGACAACCAGUAAGGAGCCAAUCAGGUACAAGGCAACCAGGAUCAAAUAAGUCAGGCCCGAAUCAACCAUAUGUGAGUCAAGUGGCCCGGAGUCAGCAGUAUGUGAGUCAAACGGGUCCAAGUCAACCGUAUGUGAGUCAUGCGGGUCCAAGUCAACCAUACCAGGGGCAGCAGGGCCCGAGUCAACCGUACAUGAGCCAAGCAGGACAGAGUCAACCGUACGUGAGUCAAGCAGGACAGAGUCAACAGUAUGUGAGCCAAGCAGGACAGAGUCAACCGCACGUGAGUCAAACGGGUCGGAGUCAACAGUACGUGAGUCAAGCAGGCCCGAGUCAACCGUACGUGAGCCAAGCAGGACAGAGUCAACCGUACGUGAGUCAAACGGGCCGGAGUCAACAGUACGUGAGUCAAGAGGGCCGGAGUCAACCGUACGUGAGUCAAGAGGGCCGGAGUCAACCGUACGUGAGCCAAGCAGGACAGAGUCAACCGUACAUGAGUCAAACGGGCCGGAGUCAACAGUACGUGAGUCAAGAGGGCCGGAGUCAACUGUACGUGAGUCAAGAGGGCCGGAGUCAACCGUACGUGAGUCAAACGGGUCAGAGUCAACCGUACGUGAGUCAAGCAGGCCCGAGUCAACAGUACGUGAGUCAAGAGGGCCGGAGUCAGCCGUACGUGAGCCAAGCAGGACAGAGUCAUCCGUACGUGAGUCAAACGGGUCGGAGUCAACCGUACGUGAGUCAAGAGGGCCGGAAUCAACCGUACGUGAGUCAAGCAGGACAGAGUCAACAGUAUGUGAGCCAAGCAGGACAGAGUCAGCCGUACGUGAGUCAAACGGGUCGGAGUCAACCGUACGUGAGUCAAGAGGGCCAGAGUCAACAGUACGUGAGUCAAGAGGGCCAGAGUAAACCAUACGUGAGUCAAGAGGGCCGGAGUCAGCAGUACGUGAGUCAAGAGGGCCGGAGUCAACCGUACGUGAGUCAAGAGGGCCGGAGUCAACCGUACGUGAGUCAAGAGAGCCGGAGUCAACCGUACGUGAGUCAAACGGGUCAGAGUCAACCGUACGUGAGUCAAACGGGUCAGAGUCAACCGUACGUGAGUCAAGAGGGCCGGAGUAAACCGUACGUGAGUCAAGAGGGCCGGAGUCAGCAGUACGUGAGUCAAGAGGGCCGGAGUCAACCAUACGUGAGCCAAGCAGGACAGAGUCAUCCGUACGUGAGUCAAACGGGUCGGAGUCAACCAGUCAACCGUACGUGA